AUGCAGUAUUAUUACACGCGCUGUGUUCAGGGAGGAAUAUGGAGUAUUAUUACACGCGCUGUGUUCAGGGAGGAAUAUGGAGUAUUAUUACACGCGCUGCGUUCAGGGAGGAAUAUGCAGUAUUAUUACACGCGCUGUGUUCAGGGAGGAAUAUGGAGUAUUAUUACACACGCUGCGUUCAGGGAGGAAUAUGGAGUAUUAUUACACGCGCUGCGUUCAGGGAGAAAUAUGGAGUAUGAUUACAUGCGCUGCAUUCAGGGAGGAAUAUGGAGUAUUAUUACACGCGCUGCGUUCAGGGAGGAAUAUGCAGUAUUAUUACACGCGCUGUGUUCAGGGAGGAAUAUGGAGUAUUAUUACACACGCUGCGUUCAGGGAGGAAUAUGGAGUAUUAUUACACAUGUUGCGUUCAGGGAGGAAUAUGGAGUAUUAUUAUACGCCCUGCGUUCAGGGAGAAAUAUGGAGUAUGAUUACAUGCGCUGCAUUCAGGGAGGAAUAUGGAGUAUUAUUACACGCGCUGCGUUCAGGGAGGAAUAUGGAGGAAUAUGGAGUAUUAUUACACGCGCUGUGUUCAGGGAGGAAUAUGCAGUAUUAUUACACGCGCUGUGUUCAGGGAGGAAUAUGGAGUAUUAUUACACGCGCUGCGUUCAGGGAGGAAUAUGCAGUAUUAUUACACAUGUUGCGUUCAGGGAGGAAUAUGGAGUAUUAUUAUACGCCCUGCGUUCAGGGAGGAAUAUGCAGUAUUAUUACAUGCGCUGUGUUCAAGGAGGAAUAUGCAGUAUUAUUACACAUGUUGCGUUCAGGGAGGAAUAUGGAGUAUUAUUAUACGCCCUGCGUUCAGGGAGAAAUAUGGAGUAUGAUUACAUGCGCUGCAUUCAGGGAGGAAUAUGGAGUAUUAUUACACGCGCUGCGUUCAGGGAGGAAUAUGGAGUAUUAUUACACGCGCUGCGUUCAGGGAGGAAUAUGCAGUAUUAUUACACGCGCUGUGUUCAGGGAGGAAUAUGGAGUAUUAUUACACACGCUGCGUUCAGGGAGGAAUAUGGAGUAUUAUUACACAUGUUGCGUUCAGGGAGGAAUAUGGAGUAUUAUUAUACGCCCUGCGUUCAGGGAGAAAUAUGGAGUAUGAUUACAUGCGCUGCAUUCAGGGAGGAAUAUGGAGUAUUAUUACACGCGCUGCGUUCAGGGAGGAAUAUGCAGUAUUAUUACACGCGCUGUGUUCAGGGAGGAAUAUGGGGUAUUAUUACACGCGCUGCGUUCAGGGAGGAAUAUGGAGUAUUAUUACAUGCGGCUGUGUUCAGGGAGGAAUAUGGAGUAUUAUUACACACGCUGCAUUCAGGGAGGAAUAUGGAGUAUUAUUAUAUGUGGUGCGUUUCGUGGUGGACUCUGUGA